AUGGGUAACGAAAACUCUCCUUUGGCCGUGAAUCUCUCCACUGUCUUGAGUGGUUACGAUUUCUCCUCCGAUGAUUCGCCUCCUCCUAAGCUUUCUCUCUCCCCCGAUCAUCUCAGCUGCUGCCACCAAGCUCUCAAGAUCUCAAAUCCCAACUCUAUCUCUCGGGAGUUCGCGAAUCUACAGGCCGGGUUCUUUGGAUCGGCUCCUGACACGGGAAGAGGCAAAAGCAAGAUGUGGAAGAACAUCACUUACGUUUUUCACUUUGUCAAGGGCAAGUCAAGCCAUCCCAUGAAGCACUACGUAGUUUCCGAAUUCAAGAAAGUUGACUGCAAUGAACUUGGUUUGUUUGAAAUCUUUAAUGGUCACGUGGGAUAUGAUGUAGCCAAAUACUUGAAGACUAAUCUCUUUGAAAAAAACAUUCUCAAAGAGAAGGAGUUUUGGACAGACACAAAGAAAGCUAUAAAGAAACGCCUGUCUCGAAAGCUUGGUAAAAGAGGUUCAACGGCUGUAACGGGGAUACUACUCAAUGGUUGGAAGCUUGUGGUUUCUGAUGCUGGAGACUCGAGAGCAGCGGAUGUUCCACGAGUGGAUGGACAGUUAGCGGUUGCGAGAGCGUUUGGAGAUAUGAGCUUAAAGUUACAUCUGAGCUCUGAACCAGACAUUACGCACCAGGCGAUUGAUGAUCAGAUUGAGUUCUCAACAAAUUCAUCUCCAACUCUAACUAGCAGCUACCAUUCAUGCUUCCAACAUAUUUUAAGAUCUAUCCGAGAAGCUGGUUGUAUUUGCAAAGCUCAGAUUGUUGAGGUCUACAACAAAAUGGAUGGUCGUUUUUAUCCUGCACUUGAUGCAGCAGGAAACUAG